CAGCCCCAGAGUGCCGAAAGUCCCCUGCCCGCUUCCUCCUGCGAAGACGUAGCUGCGGGUGGCUGUGGUGGCGGCGUCCAAGAUGUCGACUAAGAAUUUCCGAGUCAGUGACGGUGACUGGAUUUGCCCUGACAAAAAAUGUGGAAAUGUAAACUUUGCUAGAAGAACCAGCUGUAAUAGAUGUGGUCGGGAGAAAACAACUGAGGCUAAGAUGAUGAAAGCUGGGGGUACUGAAAUAGGAAAGACACUUGCAGAAAAGAGCCGGGGCCUUUUUAGUGCUAAUGACUGGCAGUGCAAAACGUGCAGUAACGUGAAUUGGGCCAGAAGAUCAGAGUGUAACAUGUGUAAUACUCCAAAGUAUGCUAAGUUAGAAGAAAGAACAGGUUAUGGUGGUGGUUUUAAUGAAAGAGAAAAUGUUGAAUAUAUAGAAAGAGAAGAAUCUGAUGGUGAAUAUGAUGAGUUUGGACGUAAAAAGAAAAAAUACAGGGGGAAGGCAGUUGGUCCUGCAUCUAUUUUAAAGGAAGUUGAAGAUAAAGAAUCUGAGGGAGAAGAAGAGGAUGAGGAUGAAGAUCUUUCUAAAUAUAAAUUAGAUGAGGAUGAGGAUGAAGAUGAUGCUGAUCUCUCAAAGUAUAAUCUUGAUGCCAGUGAAGAAGAAGAUAGUAAUAAAAAGAAAUCUAACAGACGAAGUCGCUCAAAGUCUCGAUCUUCACAUUCACGAUCUUCAUCACGCUCAUCCUCCCCCUCAAGUUCAAGGUCUAGGUCCAGGUCCCGUUCAAGAAGCUCUUCCAGUUCGCAGUCAAGAUCUCGUUCCAGUUCCAGAGAACGUUCGAGAUCUCGUGGGUCGAAAUCAAGAUCCAGCUCCAGGUCCCACAGGGGCUCUUCUUCCCCACGAAAAAGAUCUUAUUCAAGUUCAUCAUCUUCUCCUGAGAGGAACAGAAAGAGAAGUCGUUCUAGAUCUUCUUCACCUGGUGAUCGCAAAAAAAGACGAACAAGAUCACGGUCACCCGAAAGCCAGGUGAUUGGUGAAAACACUAAACAACCCUGAGCCCAGGGCCAACCCCUCGGAACACCACUACUUUACCCAGGCACCACAGGUCAUCUUCUGGAUCAUCCCAUUCUGGUUCCCGUUCAAGUUCAAAAAAGAAAUAAUGUAUUAAAAUUUACAUCUAAAAAAAAAAAAACAGUACAGUGCAUGAAGCAUAUUUUUUAAGGAGUUGGUGUCUUACUUGGUCAGAAGUGCUAAAACUGCUAGUAGAGGUGCAUGCCUUUCAUUGCUUUUCACAACAAUGCAGCUGUGUUUAUUUGUGAAAUUAAAAGUAAAUAGUAUUUUAAGCCAUAAUGUCCUAAAAUAGAUACUCUAUUUAUCAUUCAUUAUUUACAACUAUUUCAUUUAAAACCAUUUCAGCUGUGACAGAGUACUGUGUUUCCUAAUUUGAACUCUAAUUUUUUCAUUUCGGAAUAUGAACUGUCUAUUGACUGAAGACAGGAUAACCUAGGCUUGUCUGAACUUUGGGCAUGGAGGCAAGACUGUGGUAAAGUAGUUGGAAACAAUCUGUUUAUGUUAAUUGGGAAAAGGAGUCAACCUGUUCCUAUGAAUCUAUGUCAAAGGGAUUCCUAUCACAAAAAGUAAAACUAGUUGAAAACAGCCAACCGGAAACUUUCUCAUUUUGAAAUUCCCUAUGUUGAGGGUGCCUUAGAAUCUUUGUCUCUCUUUUAUCCAGUUUUACUUUUUUGUACCACCACAUUUAAUGAAGAAAACAAAUCUUGUGAAUUGCAGAAGGAAAGGGGUGUUAUUCAUUUUCCCUUUACUGACAAUAAUUUUGAGCAAAAAUGUCAAACAGGUUCCUCUCUUUACUGAUAUUGAUGAGAAAAACAUCCGUUUCAAAAUGUUUUUAUCUUAAUAUUUUAAGAAGCUUCAUGUGAUAUCUUUUAAAAACCCGGUUAUCACAUAUGGUAGUAUCGAUGAAGUUAAGUCGUAGUUAAUGAGGAACAAAUUGAAGUAUAUUUCUUUGGGUGAAAGAUCAGCAGAGAGAUUGUGAAUUUAAAUGAACAUUUAUUUGCCUUGAGAUGUUCAAACACUGCAUAAAAUUUUCUUCUGAGUAACAAAUGAAUGCUUAUUUCUGCAUGACAUGCAGAAAUACUUAUUGUUCCUAUUCACUUGAAAUUACUUAUGGCUUAAAAUACAGAGUUCGUUUUAUUUCUCAAAAUCUGGUCACUUGAGCUACAUUUUGUCCUCUGGUUUAAAAACAAAAAGGUUUCUUCUCUUAACAGUAUCUUCAGUGACAAUGCAAGGUAAGUAUGUUAAGGGAAAUCGACAAAUUGUGCUUGGGGACUUUUUGUCAUGGGGAUCAGUACCCACAUUUUGUUUUUGUUUUCCUUAAUUUUAAAUUAUUGUCUACUGCAAUUAAAAAUUUUAAAGUUUUAAGGUUAUCUAGUAGACAGACCAAACAAAAUUAUUUGUUUUUUACUUUAAAAUGAGUGAUUUUUCUCUUCAGCUGAUCUAAAGAUGAAAGCAAAAUAUCUUAUGUAGAAGUAUUUUGAUAAUAUUUUUACAAUGAACUUCCCCUUGUUUGUUUUUUUAUGUCUUAAUUUUCUUUGCUGCGUUUACUGUAGGUUGCACAAGAACUUUUACUCUCUUGUAUUGUGCCUCAGACUUCUUGAAAGUCCACCUUCUAAAUUUGCCCAGAUGAUCUUCUAGAGUCUACAUGUUACCAUUGGUUUAUUCUUGUGCUUUCUGUAUUUGAAACUUUGGCUGUACUAAGCAAAUGCAAGGUUAUAAAUUUAGCUGAUAGUUUACAGACAAUUCAGAUGAUUAUGAUUUCAUUUGGUUUAACUAAGCUGUACUAGUUCAUUUCAUGAAGAAAUGAUGCUGUAGACAAAUGUAAAUAAAGCUGUGAAUCAAGCAUCAAGUGGCAUUUGUGAGAAAUAAAUUAGAAUUUUUAAGCUCUGA